AGGUGAUACACAAUCAUUCCCAAUAUGGCGGCUUAAGCGGAAAACUGUUUGAAACUAUACUAAAUAUACCUGGAUCUUUCUCAUUUAAUUUACAGCGACCCCAUACCCGUACAUGUCUGACGGCGGAGGAUCUGUCGGCCUAUUGGUGGGGGCGGGGGUCGGCGGCUGCGCCCUUGUGGUAGGAAUUAUCGCCCUGGUUAUCUACUGCUAUAUGAAGGCCCGCAAGGAGAAGGCGCACACCAACAUGAAGAAGUCGCCUGAUGUUUUCAGUACAGCGGCGUCCAACACACAGUUUGACCUUCCGCAGCGAUCAAAGGUAAACCAAAAUCCAGACCCGGCCGCUGCCAGGAGGAGCCGACGGAGGGAGCGUGAGGGAAGGGAAAGGGGGCACGUUAACCCCGGGUAUGCGCGGAACAGCUCCGACUCCUCGUCCUUCGGAAGUGACGUGGACGGCAGGGACCUCUCUCCGCCCCGCGUGCGGACCGCGCAUCUCUCGAGUGACUCUUCCUAUGAUGAUUCUUCAAGCGUGGAUGAGGAGAUACCCGGCAACUCUACCACAUACCGGAUGGAGAAGGAAACGGACCGCAGACAGUCGUAUAAACGGUCCCGACAGAAUGAUAUAUUAGAUAGCAGGGGUGAUAACCCUGACAGUGGGAGGUACAGACGGACGAACGGUGAAUCUCAGAGAAUGUCCAGGAGGGAUGGCUAUGAACGAAAUCCUAGAAGUGAUUCUCCGUUGACUAUAGGUUCGCUCAAAAAGCAUGAGGAGAGAUUAACAGGUGGUAGGGGUGACCAAAGAGAUGAUAGAAGGGCAGGUAACGCCACAAAAUCUAGAAAAAGGGAGGAAUCACCGUCAGCUAGGACUUACGAAAGUUCUGAAAUGACCGGUUCAGUGACCACCCGUGGUACAGACUUUACAGCCACCACGGUUGGCUCGGGGUCAAGAUUCCAGAAAAAUCCAAGUUUACGUAGAAAUUCGCCGCAUCGUUCGAGCUCGCAUCGUAGAUACCGGAAAGACUCGGAAAAGGACGAAAAGGGACGAAAACGACCUAGGCGAACACCAAGUGCUGAGCGGGAAAGGCAAGAGCGAAAGUCGCAAAGGUCAAAAUCCCCUGGAAGUGAAAGGAGCAGCAGAAGCGGUAGCAGCAGAAGCGGAAGCAGCCGACAAACAAAGUCGGAGGCUAAAAAGCUGAACCAGCAACAAGCAGUCCUGCCCAUCUUCGCGGAUACCAAGAAGAAAAAGAGCUCCGCUGUAUGAAUAUAUAUAUUCAAAGCUUAUAAAUCGACAUGUAUACACAAUGCCAUUGUUUCAAACACCAUUGUUACAGAGGACACUUGUUUAUCCUUUCCCUAUUCACGAGUUUACAUAAAGGUUUAUUUUUAUGAUAAAGGUUUUACACUUUUCAGGAAAAAGCAUUCUUAUGCUUACUCAAUUUUGUCUAUUAUGUGUUAUUUUACCAACAUCAGCGGUUCUUCUGUCCGUCUGUAUACUCAAGCAAUGGGUGACAAUUGCAAUAAACCACGGAUGUAUGUACUCCUUUAAGAACCAGGUUUUAUUCUGUCAUUUUACUUAAGUGUUUUUCAUGCAAACGCCAUGAGUAGUUUUAAAUAUACACAUAUCAUUUUUUCAGUUAAUCAAGGUGUUCUGUUUUAUAAACAUAUCUAUUCAUUUGCUUAACUCAUAUAGUUUUUUCUGCUUUUGUGUGUAGUGUCUUGAUUUAAGACUUCAUGUAGAAUCACACCUGGCAAUCACUACCAAAUUCUUCAAAGCCUUUGUCAAAUGUAAUAAUCAAUCAAGAAGUUGCACUGUUUCAUUGUAACAAAUUGAUUUUCUUAGGGAAAGAGGAAAUCGUUUAUUGUUCAAUUAAAAUAUAGUACACAAAAUUGUUAUGAUAAUUCUUAAAAUAAUUUUACUCCAUUUUGUAACUUUUCUCAAAGCUUUUAUACUCAAUUGUGUCUUAUAUAUUCUCCAUUUUAUUGAACAUAUACUGUCUGCUUGUUAGGGAUCACAUUUCUUCAAAAGGAAUAGUGUCAUCCCUUUUUCGAUACUAAUUGUUAUUUUUAGUUACACAUUUUAUCAUUUAGGUUUUUAAUUACCAUUUUCCAAUAUCUGUUUAAGUGUUUAAAGAAGCAUUUACUGAUAACAAUGUUUUCUUUUUUCCAUGAUAUUAUGUACCUAUAGUAUACAAUGUAUACCAUCUGCAUAUGACUGUUACCAGGAAAACACAACAUUAGAAUUGUACAUAUACUUUGUAAAUAUUCAACAGAUGAGAAUCACCUCAUUUUAUACAUAUUUCUAUUUUUAUACAUAUGAUGUGCUAGUACCAGUGAAAAAGUAGUGUAAAAUUCAACUAUCAGGCUCCAAUUCCUAGAAAGUUCUUAAGCAUAACAAGUUCAGGUAGAUUAUUUCAUUAUAACAAAUUUCAUUCAAAAUCUUGAUUUUGCUCAAGAAAAAAUAUUUAUUUGUGAUGAUCAUACAGAUAAUUCUCGUUUAAGUCCAAAAUUAUUGUUAAGAAUGUCGAUAUUACACAAAUUGUACCCGAACUAAAAUAGUGAGCUGAGCUUAAUCCUGUUAUAAAGGACUUAAGAUGUUUCGAGAAAUUGGGGCCAGUAUUGUUUCAUGUAAUGAAACUUAUAACAUGAAAAAAUAUGAAAAUCUAAGUGUUGCAGUAUUAAAAGAGGAUUUUAAAUUUAUAAACCUCGAGAAUAGUUUCAAGUAGACCUUUUAUCACAGAGUUAUGAUCAUUUUUCUAAAUUAAAUAUGGAUGCAAACAUUUGACAAAUCACUGUAAGAGAACAGUUCUACAUAUGUUAUGACUAAUUACUUAUAUUCAGCUGUUUGUUAACAUGCUUUGGUAUUUAGAUAUGAAAAAUGAAGCAAGAUUACAUGAAAAUGUAUCAGUAAUGCAGACUUUUUCCAAGUAGAAAGUUUCUACUGUUAAUAGCAUUAGGAGUUUAAUUUAUUUUUUUUAUAUACUUUUACAGUUGCUAAAAGUGAUAAGUUGCCUUGACUUCAUAGAAAAGUUUGUACAUUCUGAGUGCCACUGUUAAAUUUGAGUGUGACAACGAAUACUGCCCCUCAGCAAAUGUUGAAAGGUUAUCUUGGAUAUUACAUAGACCUAAAUAGAGCUUCCUUACAAAAUGUAUCUACUAAUGUUCAAGUAUACCUGUAGAAAUUAUAACAUUUUUUCUAUACUACAACUACUACAAUUCUGAUCAUUUGCAUCAUCUCUACCAUUCUAUGAUAUUAAAUAAACUAUGCAAACGAG